UGCUAAGGAGUCUUUGCUUCUUGCUUUCAAAGAUGCUGGAGGAUUUGAGGCAUUAGUAACAGGAAAAAUUAGGGAUAUGCAGCGGAUUGAUGUAAAUGAGAGGAUAAUUGGACUCGAGCGACUCAAUCCCACACCUCGCCCAACAACGUCUCCCAUUUUGGAAGGUAGAUGGAAUAUCGAGUGGUUUGGUUCUGGAAGCCCUGCUGUUAAGGUCGUGCUUGAGAGGUUCCCUCCAUCAUUGGCAAACUUAUCAAGGUUGGAUGUCCUGAUCAAAGAUAGCUACACAAAUAUUACUGCUAACCUGAAAUUGCUUAACUCGAUUGAGAGCAAUUUUAUACUCUCUGCCAAGUUAUCUAUUGAAGGCCCACUGAGAAUGAAAGAAGAAUAUGUUGAAGGGAUACUUGAGUCACCAAAGGUCAAUGAAGAAACUGUUCCUCAGGUACUAAGAGGUGUUUUUGGACAGGCGAUGAGCAGUGUGCAGCAACUUCCUGUUCCUGUUAGAAACGCAGUGUCCAGUGGGUUAAAAAUUCCACUUGGUGAGCAUUCUCUCAUCUCUAUACACUUUAAUCUUGGUAGAAGCAUUGACAAUAGGUUUUCAGUAAUUAACAUAAAGUUAAUGCUCUUUUGUCAUGUAAAAACUUACAUGUGGUCAACUGCUGGCUAUAUGCGGGUAGAUAUCCAAGUGCAAGUCACAUAUGGUGGGAGCUUUCAAAGAUUAUUUAUUAUCUCCUAUCUUGAUGAAGAUAUUCUGAUUAUUAGAGAUAGCAGUGGAUUACCUGAAGUCCUUACAAGAUCUGAUUCAGUCCCCGAGGAUGAGUCAAUAGUAAUAACUGAAUUUGAAAGCUGAAGAGUGGAUUCAUUGUGCACGUGGGAUGCAACUUUUUUUCAUCACUUGAUCGAUGCUUCAGAUUAACUUACUUUUCAUCAUCAUCUGCUCUAUGACGAGUAUAUUGUAUGGCAUUAUUUUGAUGUUGUCAUUGUAGUCGUACACGUCCCCUUUCCUUUACGUUAUGGUUAUAAUCACUGUCAACGGCAUCCCUUUGUUAUCCAUCAAUAGACUGGGUAAAACCUUUCUUCCAUAUUAAUUCAUGUUGACUGAUGAAGUGGUCGGUUUUUGUAAUGAAUAGAAACUGGAGUUGGUAUAAAACCCUCUUCACUAGCCAGGGGCUAAGCUAUUCAAAUCUGCAUGGUUCGUUUCUGCAAAAACAAUAAAAAAAAACAGUCAAAUGGCA